AUGAACGUUCAUAUUACUGACAAAACCCCAAGUGCAAGUAGCAUGAUGCUGGGUCGUCCUCCCAUGACUCAUUCUUCCGCAGUACCUCUUCCAGAAGCUAUCGAUGAUGAACAACUCGACUCGACCACAGCAACCUGUCAAUUGCCAGCGGGCACGCUUUCAAAAGCUGAGUUCUAUGUCAGAACUCUACAGUUAUACAAGAUACUCAGAAAGAUACUAUAUGAGGUCUAUGAGCCUUGGGAGGACAGGGGGUCUCCUGAUCAGUCAGAACGGCCAAAGUCCGAGAAUGAGUUAGCACAGACCUUGCUCAGUUUAGAUGAGGAGCUUCAGGAAUUUGAAUCAAGUCUUCCAGCGGCUCUACAAUGGCGUGAUGCACAGCAGCCCGCUGGUGUGGCUGGACCAUUCCGUCGUGAAAGCAGCCUGUUGAGGGGAAGAUUCCUUCAUUUGAGAAUCUUGCUUCUUCGUCCUACAUUCGUCAAGUUCUGCCGUGACAAUUUGCCACCGCGUCAAGCGGCCGGCUAUCCUCGAUACCAACAAGUACCGUUGAAAAGCAGAAUAGCCGUGGAUUUCGGUAUCAGCUGCUCGACGUCAUGUAUCGAGACUGCGAUUGAGCUGUCGCAUCUUAUGAAUGAAAUUUCGACAACUGAACUGGCAAGUGUGUGGUGGUACAAUGUUUUUUAUGCUUUUACGGCUGGUGUUGUUCUUAUACUGGCACAGGCAUCCCCUGCUAUGAAAUCUAGAUUUUCUCAACCAGUCUUGGGCAAUGCUUGGAAGAGCUGCUGUGACUGCUUGGAAAACAUGGACCUGUACAGCAACACCGCCAGAAAUUGCGCCACCAACCUGCGGAAGACCCUAUCUCAAGUGCUAGGCGGCCAAGGGCAUGAAACUAGUGUGCAUAUUGAGAAACCUGAGCCUCAAACUACAGACCGACACUUGCCGACACUGAGCCAUGAUAUAGAUUUAUCCAAAGCACCAAAUAUCUUCAGUCUCGAUGGAUCAGAGGUUGGCGAUGGUUCCAGCCAAGGCGCUCUAGAUACUCAAUUCUCUGAGGCAUUGGACUCUCUCUGGAGUGGAGAUGAUGGGAAUAGUUCUCUGAUGCAGAUGCUAUGGAAUGACCUUUGGUUGGCAGCGCCAUCAUUCUUCUGA